AUGUCCCAGCUACAUCCAAACGUUCAGUUAGAAGAGGAGAUGAAGAGUUUCCAAAUCGGGAGAUUGGUAAUCAAAGUUCAUGAGCAAUUACAUACUUUAAAAAUGAAAGCCAUCAAGGAAUUCUAUGAUGGAUAUGGCGAGGAUAUGAGUGGGUGUUUGUGGGAACUUUCAGAUCCAGCUGAUCCAGGGAGGGAGUUGGUCUGGAUUCCAAUCAACCACUCAUUGGUAUUACCGCCUCUGAAUGGAUGGCCAACGAGCGCAUUAGAAAGAUUAGAAAAGAACUUGAAGUACGAGAAUCUUAAUAUGAGUUGGCUGAAGAACACUAGAACGGUCAGAGUGAAAUGCCUUAAUUCUCUUCAAUACCAGGACUACGAAAACGGCUUUGGUUUUUGUGGCCCUCGAUUUGAUUACAACUUUCGUGGUAUACACGAUCGAUUGUUACACACCUUAGAGAGAGCUUGUGGUAAGCGUCUACUGCGAUCAACGGACCAGUUUGAUCCCCGGAACCCACCUUCUUUUCUCACAUGGAAGUUUUCUUGUUGCCAGUUUCCGAACUCCAAUAUCGAGGAAUGGACUCCUUCAGAGAUUUCUGAGUGCCAUAUGGCAUUGGAUGGUGUCAAACUGCGUGUCGAGUUGUUACCCGAUCCUGAGUGGGUGCUUCGAUGCUUGCGAAGUUCCAUAUUCUCUAAGCUCUCAUGCACGACAGAUUUGAACACCAGAAAGCGCUUAACCAUAAAUGAUGUAAAAGAACUCUUCUUGCGAGGGCCUAAACUUUCUGGAUGGAGAUGGUCAUUUGAAAGCUGUCUUUCCACCCCGAACAUUCUCAAGGCUUUACAAGAUGUGGACAGAAGUAUCGGAUCAGGAUUCUGGUCAAAAAAACGCUUGCUCGAAUGCGACAACUUGAUCGAGAAAGGGAUGCUGAAAUUGGAGCCAAUUGAUAGUACUUGCAGAGGUAAGAACAAUAUCGGAAUAAGCAGGACAACUCAAGAUUUAUCUGUCUCCAAGAGAACACUCGCAAUAGAGAAUACCAUGCCAAUAGAAAGCCACACCACCCAAGGUAUUGGCAAGAAACUUGUCGAUGUUUCCAAAAAUAUGUAUGAAGAACUAGUUAGUCGACGUAUAUUGGAGACGAAAAAGAUUCUUGAGGAGCAACAUACUGUCCAAAUUACUGCGCUAAACUUAGAAAUGUCGAAAGUCUCUGAUGAACUCGCAAAUAAUUGGACCAUCUUUCGUACAGCCAAUGAUGAGAAAGAAAAAGUUGCGACGGCACAUUCGGCUCUUCAAGCAAGGGUAGAAGUGUUACGCAGGGAGCUUGACGAAUGCAAUUCAAGUAAAAGGGAUUUGUUCUUGGCUAACCAGGACUUGUGUCAGCGCAUUGAAAAUACGACCAAAGAAAAAUAUGAAGCGGAGGCCAAUGCAAAAAUAUGGAAAGAGAAAUACGACGCUAAGCAUGAAGCCAUGAUUUGGCACUUAGGCAUAUUGAACACAAUGUUUAAGGACAUUACCACACAGCGACUUGAGCUUGAAUAUGAGAAAAAAGAGUUUAAGGAGGAUGUUUCACAAUUAUGCGCGGGGAAAGGACUCGGAACGAUGAAUGUACAAACAGCAGGACAACCUGUCGACCAAAAAGUGGCUCUCCAGGACACCGAAUCCAGUCAACUAGAUGUCUUUACGGGUAUCAAGCAAGCCCACCUUCAACACAUUCUAUUAGUCCGUGAAAUUGACUACAAUCGAGGACUAAAAGAUGGCCAGAGCACUCAGGUAAACAAGGGAACGUCGCAGGUCUUGAGUGCUACUGCAAUUGUUGGGCAGGAGUUACCAAGCUUGCAAAGUAAAGAUAAAGAACAGAAAUUGCACGAGAGAAUUGUAGCAAAGCCUAAAGAGCUUGGGAUCAAAGCGCCUGAUCGACCCAAACAUCCUCCUGUUCAAGCAACUCUCGCUCCCAAAUUCGUCAAGUCUUUCAACGUGGAAUACGAGAUAGGGCUAUUACCUCAAUCUCUCGGUUGCAAGAUUUUCCCUUCCAAAUUGUCCUUAUUUAAUCAUACAUUUCUUAAGCAAUUCUAUGGCGGUGGUGCCGAAUUUUGGAAUAACAUGGAACUCGCAAUGGAGAUUGGGCCACCACACGACAUGUAUCGAAAUCGGAUUCUCAAAAUACAUAGUGAUUCACAAUCUAGUAUGUAUUUCGGGCAACUUCCAAUCAUGGGGCAACAUGGUGCUCUUUUACUUAUUCACGGUCUCGACGAUAAUUCUCUUGGUAUUGAGUCUAUACCAACAAAGGGACACCCGACAUUUCUUAAUACGGUUCAAGGCCAUGCGAUGUAUAUUGGAAACUACACGGUGACCAAACAACAUGUGAAUCAUUGUUCCGAACAUCUUUUCGGACUUGAAAUUAGAGAAUGCUUGUCGAAAGAUGAAUCUAACACCCAUAGAUUUAUAGAAUGGUUUCAGAAAGAGACUGGUGCUGAUGCGGCCACCACGAGUAUUGGACUGAGUAAAAUAGUCACAGCAUUCAAAAAGGGUGUUAUUCGAACGAGCUGGACGGUACUCCAAUUCAUAGGAUUUGAUCUAGAACAUUACGAAGGAUUGCUAAAAAUGUAUGCGCAAAUCCAACCGUUUUGCAAUAGGGGAAAAGGUAUCCCAUUGAAAGGACGUUCAGGGGGGCUUUGA